CACUCUCACAUUAUUACAAACUUGUAUAAAUUUCUUUGUUGUGAUGACAAAGAACAUUGUUACAAAGGAAGUCUUGGGGUUUUGAAACCAAACCGAUCAUGAGCCCCAUUCACUUCCUCUAUGUUCAUGAGAACAAAGACAUUUAUACAGGUUUGUAACAACAAGAGAGUGAGUAAAUGAUGACAGAAUUUUCAUUUUUGGGUGAACUAUCCCUUUAAGAUUUCCAUAUGCUGGACAGCCUUGGUGUCGGGUAAUGUGCUGGAUAAGAACCUGAUUUACAUGCUGUUUUGGUCAAAGUCCACUUGACGGUGCAAGCGUUCGAAGAAUCAUGCAACAAGCGAAAGUUAGAAAAGUCUGCUCAUCUAAUUUAUCAGAAGAUCAAAAACAACAGCUCUAUGGUUUGCUGGGUUAUGUGGAAUUGACUCUUCUUUACAAAGCUUCUAUUCAUGGAUAUAAUGCUGCUGCUUUCCACCAACGCUGUGAUCGUCAGGGUCCAACUUUGCUCAUGGCCUACAACAACUCAGGCUACAUCUUUGGUGGAUAUACAAGUAAAGAUUAUACUCAGAGUGGGCAGGGUAUUACUGAAGAGGAGGCUUUCCUGUUUAGUUUUAAGGGUAAAACCUUUGUAAGCAUCAAAGUUAACAGCGGACAAUAUGCACGUUAUGAUGACUCCGGGGUGCCCAACUUUGGCCAGUUGUACUUUUGCUAUAACAACCAACCAACUGUAUAUAAUCAAGGCGGUGAUGCAUUCAGUUUUAAUUCUGAUACAUUAUAUGGAAACAACACUCGUCUCAAUGAAUUGGAAGUGUACAAAGUGGAGGAAAUUUCUCAAGGCAGUGUUGAGGAGACCCCAUGGAGGAAUGUGUUGUGGACAGCUGAACGAAGAGAAGAUCUUGUGAAAAUAAUCAAAGAUCAUAAACCCCUGGUGUCCUCUGUGAACCGGGUUCGAAUCCUAAUGAUCGGUCCUGUAGGGGCUGGAAAAUCCAGUUUCUUCAACUCCAUCAACUCCAUCUUCACAGGUCAUGUGACCAACAAAGCCAUCGCAGGAUCUUCAAGCACCAGCCUCACCACACAGUUUCGCAUAUAUCCACUGAAAGAUGGCCGUGAGGGAAAGCCAUUGCCAUUUGUGUUGUGUGACACUAUGGGACUGGAGGAGCAGACAGGUGCAGGUCUGGAUAUUGAGGACAUCAACAGCAUCAUUCAGGGUCUCAUACCAGAUCGAUAUAAAUUCAAUCCUGUGGCACCAUUUGAACCCAAUGAGCAAAAGUCCUCCAGACCUUCAUCUCUACAGGAGAAGAUCCACUGUGUGGUGUUUGUGAUAGACGCAACCAAAAUCUCCCUCAUGUCCAGCAAACUGGAGGACAAAUUUUUUGCUAUUAGAAGAAAGCUGAACUCACUAGGUGUACCUCAGAUCGUAUUGAUGACAAAAGUAGAUGAGGCGUGUUCUUUAGUGGAGGAGGAUCUUCGAAAUGUUUACGUCAGUUCCUACAUUAAGUCAAAGGUACAGGAGGUCAGCUCUCGACUGGGUGUUCCUGUGUCUUGUGUGUUACCUGUGAAGAACUACAGUCAGGAGCUUGAACUGAACCUCAACUGUGAUCUCCUGCUUCUCACCGCUGUACAGCAGAUGCUUCGCCUUGCAGACGACUACUUUGAUGAUAUCAGUCCAACGGAGGACAAGCCAUGAUAAAUAACUACUGUAAAGUUUUUCUGAGUUCUUGCAAUUGAAAGCAGAUUAAUUUUCUUUGCAGGAUCUUUAGAAUUGGACUAUAGGCUUGUCUGUUCCGUCUCUUUUCUCAUUCAAAUCCAUUCAAGACAUUUGUGAGAAACAUGUAAAGUAACAUCACUUAAGCAUCAUGUUACAUA